GCCGCCCUUGGGGUGAGACAGUGUGGGACUGAAGCUGUCGGAAAUACAGCUCUACUAUUAGUCUGGUACUUAUUGCGACCAAAAGCAGAAAACGCGUAUAAUUGUUCACUGGUAACUCCUGAUAUCGCUUUGAAGCAUUACAGUUUGAGGCGGGACUGACUGGUGUGGAACCGCAAGACGGCCUCUUUUCCGGCAGACAACCUCUGUAGUCAUGGCGCUGCCAUUCAAGAAGGACUUGGAGAAGUACCGACAGAUUGACGAAGAUGAGAUCCUCAACAAGCUCUCAGAAGAGGAGCUAAAGCAACUGGAAUGCGCUCUGGAGGAGAUGGACCCAGAGAAUGCGCUGCUCCCAGCUGGCAUGCGGCAGAAAGACCAAACCAGCAAAGCUGACACGGGUCCCUUCGACAGAGAAAAGCUGCUGACAUACCUGGAGAAGGAGGCUAUGGAGCACAAGGACCGGGACGAUGUGGUCCCUUUCACUGGGGAGAAGAAAGGGAAGGUGUGGGUACCAAGACAAAAGCCUGUGGAAAUGCGCAAAGAGGAAGUGACGACCCUUGACCCAGAACUGGAAGAAGCCCUUUCCAGUGCCACAGACACUGAGCUCUGUGACCUGGCAGCGAUCCUGGGUGUGCACACGCUGGUGACCAGCACGCAGAGCUACGAUGGGAACGGCAGUAAAGAGGCCUACAGCAACGUUGUUAAAGGAGAGAAGGUCAAGCCGAUUUUCGAUGAGCCGCCCAACCCCACGAACGUGGAGGAGACCCUGCAGAGGAUCCGGUCCAACGAUGCCCCUCUGACAGAGGUCAACCUGAACAACAUCAAGAAUGUUCCUAUUCCGACACUGAAGGACUUCGCCAAGGCGAUGGAGAAGAACACACACGUGAAGAAGUUCAGCCUGGCAGCAACGCGCAGCAACGACCCCGUCGCUAUGGCCUUUGCCGACAUGCUGAGAGAGAACAGGAGUCUGAAGAGUCUCAACUUAGAGUCCAACUUCAUCACCAGCACAGGAAUCCAGGCGCUGGUUGACGCUCUGCGGGAUAACGACACGCUGACAGAGAUCAAGAUCGACAACCAGAGACAACAGCUGGGCACCAAGGCAGAAAUGGAGAUAGCCAAGAUGCUGGAGAGCAACAGGAGCAUCGUGAAGUUUGGGUACCACUUCACCCAGCAGGGCCCGAGAGCCAGGGCCGCUGCGGCCAUCACCAAAAACAACGACUUGGUCCGCAGGAAGCGAGUGGAGGGAGACGCAUAGAGACCCAGUGCCCGCCCACCAAGUGCCAAAAGGUCCACUGUGGAAUAGCUCCAGCUGUACUGCAAAGUCUCGUGCCAAAAGAUGGGGCACAGCAUCUUCAACGAGCACCUAUCUGGGAAGAAGGGACAUGACUGGAAUAGCCCUCUCCAUUAAUGUCAAUACUGGUGUUAUUAUUAUAGUCAUUGCUAUUUUACGGUCCUUUAAAAAAAAGAUAGUCUAGUGAUUUUCGUUUGAGUUCCGUUUCUCUCUUACCUCUUGAAUUGCAGUCGCCUCUCUCCUCUGAAAGAAAAGUAACCACAGUAAACACGGUAGUAACUGGCAUCUCGCACAAUUCCUCUGCGGUUUUCCUGCUCGAGAAAACCGACGUGAAAGUGCUGAAGCUCCCUAAGGCACGAAAGAAAAAAAUACGUCUGAAAAUUCACAAGGCAGCAAAGCGUAGGUUACGAAGAAAGCACGACGUUUAUCGUCCUCGACGGCCACACAUGCUCACACGCACUCAUGGGUUUGUGAUGUAAUUAAGACCCAACAGCCCUGUCUGACAAUGUUAAUUGGCUCCGGAAGUGCAUCACUGUUUAAAGAGAGCUGAGCAUCACCUGCUCCCCAUGGCCAGGUUAGGGUGCCAGUCAUGGUGGCUACAGGAGGUGAAGAAAACACACACACACACACACACUAUUGCACUGCCUUCAUCAUGCUGUGAAUACAUUCUCCCACUCACUGUGGGGUGGCUGGUGUCUUGCCUGUCUAGCUAUGAUGUGUGGGCAGCACAGCACUGUACUGUAUAAAACAUCCCUCUCAGCCACAGUAUAUAAAUAACAGUAAAAAGUUAUAGGAGUGUCCAAACAAUUCUUUUUUUAUUUUUUUUCCCCGCUCACCGUUCCGGGACAUUCUAACCUCUGUUUUUAUGAUGCGUACAAAAGAGGAUCUAGAUCAGCAGCAGCAGCAGGCAAUGUAAUCUAUGUUUUUCACCCUUGUUGAAGGUCUCUUUAAAAAUCCCACAGUUUUAGAGACAUCGGCCGUAAAAUAUCAACGCGAGGUCGGUUAAUCUGGAAAUUGCAGCUUUGUUGCUUUUUAUAAUGGCAUGCCAAAGACCCCAGUUUUAACAUUCACACCUCACUCCAAGACCCCGUUACUGUAUUUCAACCUUUUAUUGAACAUAUAUAAAUAUAUAAAUAUAUAUAUAUAUAUAUAGACUUUUAAAAAAGCAGUCAAAUGAGAAUCUCUGUUUUUAUCUCAAGUUCUGUGGGGAGCACAGUUGCCAUGGUGUGAGUUGUGCUUCUACGGGAACGUUGUGUAUCUGUGGUUCUGGCGUACCAUGAACGAUGUUGUAUAUUGUACGUUAUACUCGGAAAAUGUCCGCGGCCUUCUGAUGCAUUGGGUGAAAUGUUCCACUCCAGUGCUCACCAAGCAGCUCUGACGUCCUGAAGUCGAAACCAAGGCCACUGGCAUGUAAUAAGCGGUGGACUCAUUUCAUAAGAGCUCACAGCAUGUUGUACAGCAUUUAAACACACAACUGGAUUACAUAAGCAUCCCUCUGCAUGCUUUAUGGUUGGGCACUGGGACCAGGUCACUUGGGGAGUCCAUUUUGUGUUCUCUGUGGCCCAUUUGAACUCUUCAUGUUUAACGAGUUUUAAUUGUGCUUUUUUUUUUCAACUUUUUUUUGUAAACAAACCUUGAUUCCGUCACGUUCAGGAUGGUGUAAUCAGACCUCCUGGUAAUGGUUAGUACUAUGUCCUGAAAACGUACUGGUCCUUGGUUCUGCGUGUGAAUGCCCUGUGAUGUUAGGUGUAUUAAGAAUAUAUCCAUCUCUGGUGAAACAAUUUUUGAGACUCGUUCUCUGACGUGAAUGACUAAAGUUACUGCUGAGAUUUUGCGUAUGGGUAUAUUCCACGUCCGGACUUAAAAAGAGGAAAUAUUAUUUACCACAUAGUUCAAUGGCACUGUUAUUAAAAUAAAACUUAACCAACAAUAAAUGUUUUUACAUAUCACA